AAACUCCAAUGAACAGAAUUGCUAAGAGAUGCCUUUUUUUUCCUGAUCCUGUGAUUAUUUUUUUUCUAAUGUUUACUGCGGAUAUUUAAAGGUUUGGAAUAAAGUUAUAUGUAAAACUGUAGACACUACAUCUGUAAAUAAGCUGUAUAUUUUGAAAAAUAAAACCCUUUAAAAAGGGCCUGGCUCCGUGUGCUUGCAAAACGUAACCACGGGGUGCUGCGGUGUCCCCUGGGCACCCGUGGCUCGAGGUCACGGUCCCUUGUCACCGCUUUCCCCCCUCCCCGUGCUGACAAAAGCCGUGCCACCGAGCAGGGCACCGCUUCCUGCUGCCGAGAGGGAGAUGCUCCUUGCCCGGGGUGGCGAGGCCAGCGUGACAGCAGGCACUGUGGAGCUGGAGAGGUGUCAGGCUGAAAUCCCCGACGUUGGGCAACGGGUGUCGUGUGUGACCUCGCGCUUCCGAAAAUCAGCCUGCGAAGCUUCCUGCCCUUCCCGCAGAGGUUGAGCGUCGGUUCCUGUGCCUGCCGUUCGCUUCCUUUGGUACUGGAUGGAGCAGGGAGGGCUCGAGGCUGGGCUGGAAGCGGGGAUGGGCACCGCUCCUUGCCCGGCAUCCAUCACACAGGGCUGGGAUGCUCUGGAGGACGCUGUGCCCAGUGGUGAAAGCUCAGCGGGAUGCAGAGCUGAGGCCGAGCAUUUUGCAGUGCCCUUUGCAUGGCGAAAGGAAUUGAGACUGUAGAAAGUGCCAUAAUGGGGCACAGACACUUCACCCCGUUUCCCCGAUGCAUUUUCCAUGGGUGAUCCCAUCCUCCAGCACCCCAAACCCAGCGCGGGGGGAGCCGAGGGGCACCGUGUGCCUCGUCCCCCUCCUCCGUCAGCUGGAGCAGCUUUCCUGGAAGGGCGACGCUGCGCUGCGUUGCACAAUGCUCCUUCCGCUGCCCGCAGCAGCUCAGGAGGGGGGAAAGCACCCUAUAAAUGCCCCUGUCCCUCAGUUCCUCCCCAGUCUGCAGAGGCAGCCAAGGAGGAAGCGAGCGGCGCGGAGCCAGGUGAAGCAAAGGGAGCAAAGCAGCCGUAGGAGAUAGAGGGGCUGUAGGAGCUCUGGAGGCCGCAUGCCAUGUUCAGGCUGUUCCUUCACAGUUAAGGCGUGGAAGAGCCGAAUUCAGCCGACCUGCGAGCACUGCCAGGGGAGCACCUCCACCAGACACCGCUGUCCCGCAUCCCCAGAGGCCAAGCCCUCUGCUGCAAGCAUGGACAUCGUAGAGAGGGUCCUCUCCGUAGCCCAGGCCAUCCACAGCCAGUUCGAGCACGUGAAGUGCUGCAAGCACCAGUGCCAGCGCCUCGUGGAGCGCAUCCAGAUCCUGCUGGAGCCCGUGCGGAUCCUGCAGGCUCAGCCGUGGUGGCACAUCUCCCACCACGAAGAGCAAAUGCUGAAGAAGCUGCUCCAGGCACUGGGGGAGGCGCAGAAGCUGGUGACAAAGUACAGCCAGGCCAGCUGGAUCCAGAAGUUCCUGAGCGCCCGCAGCAGCGGCGAGGAGUUUGUCUGGGUGAACGAGAGCCUGGAGGACGUGGCCCAGGGGCUCUCGCUCCUGCUGCAGGCGGAGCAGAAGCAGGCUUUCCUGGCGGCCUUUCAGUCAAAGACCUGCCGCAAGCAGGACGCCGAGGAUCUGAGGGAUGACAGGGCUUUCCUGGACCAGGUGAUUGCGAGUACCGAAGAGCCUGGAGAUGGGGCCAGGGAGAUCUACAUGGACAGGCAGUGCAUGGAGGACAAGGUGGACUGGAUGCAAAGCGAGCUGAGCAAAAUCGUGCGCGUGAUGGACAGUUUGAAGAAGGUCAAUGUUGGUAAAAGAGAAGAUAUCACCGAGAUCGAGAGGGACCAACUCACCUUCUACAGGCACCUGCAGGACACCGAGCGCUACGACCUCUAUGAGGGAGAAUAUCUCAAGUACCCCGUUGCCAUCAAAACCUUCAAGAGGCCGCUGACCACCGACACGACGAAGGUGAGAGACAUCUUCGAGAAGGAGAUUCAGACCCUGAAGAAGUUCGAGUCUCCAAACAUCCUGCGCAUGUACGGGAUCUGCAUUGAGGAGAAAGAUGGGAGCCCCUGCUUCUCCAUCGUCAUGGAGUACUGCAAGCACGGGACGCUGCGGGAGGUGCUGACCAACCAGCGGCAUCUCUCCUGGGAGAUCCGCAUUCGGAUGGCCCUGGGAGCCGCCAGGGGCCUUUACAGGUUGCACCAGACGGAGGAGAAGUCCCGACUGCACGGCUGCAUCUGCAGUAACAAGUUCCUGGUGGCUGGAGAUUACUGUGUGAAGCUGUCGGGAUUUGAGCUGUGUGAAACAGAGUCCUCCAUCAAGAGGAAAGCCAAAAAGAACUGGAACCAAGUGUCUAUGUUGGCUUAUGUUGCCCCCGAGAACCUGAAGGACAUCUACUACCCCUACAAGAGGUCCUGUGAAAUAUACAGCUUCGGGAUCGUGCUGUGGGAGAUUGCAACCUCCAAAAUCCCAUUUGAAGGCUGCUCUCUCCAGGAGAUCAGAGACAAAAUCUGCGACCACCAGUACCACGACCCCGUCGGGGACGAUUGUCCUGAAGAACUGAGGAAAAUCAUCGAUGAGUGCCGGGCCUUUGACCCAUCCCUGCGCCCGUGUGCUGAGCGUGAGUGUCCUGGACAUCUGCCCCAGCGCCCCGUGCACCCCUCAGGCGGCUGCUUCAGUGGUUAAUCUGCCCCUUGUUUUCCAUUUGAAAUGGAAAAAGGAGGUUUUUGUAUUUUGGGAUCACUCCUUGCCCUACUGACACCAAGCCCCCUAACGCAAGAGCAUAGCUGGUGCGUUCGCACAGUCUGUGUGCUCAGCCUUUAUCCACACCAUGAACAUAAUCAUCUGGCUGCCCACCUGGCACGGUGUGGGAGCAAUUAAUUAAUUUAAUGAUCUUGGAGGGCUUUUCUUAACGAUUCUAGGACUCUGUGAAUCACAGAACAGGGGGAUUGCUGUGCUCUGGGGAAGGUUUUGACACUUUUACAGCCAGCGGGGGCCUGCCCCGACAAGCGGUUGCUCUCCGGGUUGGGAAGCGCCGCGUGUGCUGAGGCUGCCGUGUGUUGGCAGGGAUCGUGGACUCGCUGGCGGCCCUGGAGAAGAGCAGGAGCCAGGGGAGAUGACUGCGGGGGACCCUCGGAGCCCAGCGCCCUGUCCCCUCCCCGUGUUUGCGAGUGUCCGUGGCUCAACACGCGUUUAUUUGUGCACUUGUGUGGUGUUUAAUGCGACUGACUGCCCCCGGGGGGGGUGGAGGGGGGGGGGGGGGGCUGCUGCGGGCACCCUUGGGUGCCCCGGGGCGCGGUGGGCCCCGAGGCCCG